CUUGAAGAAGAUGCCACAUGGGCGGUGUUGGAGGAGGGACAUAGAAGGAAGAGGAUAAAUAGUCCGGCUAUGGUAGCACUCGAGCUCAUUGUUUCGAGCUCAUUAUUCUCGGCCAGGACCUUUAUCUGACGCUCUGAUAACCCCCUAUCCUUUCUGUCUGCUACACUCACCCACCUAUCUGUCCAAUAUGGCAGACUAUGAUAAAGCAACUGUGGGAAGGAGGCUGUUUGCCAGUGUCCUAGACGAUCUCGCGCAGAAGUCACCAGAUAAAAAGGCCUGCGUGAUCCCUAAGGGUGCUGAGGUGUCUGAUGGAUUUCGUGAUCUGACAUUCAAGGAAUUGGCCCACGCAGUCAACUACACUUCAUGGUGGAUUGAGAAGAAACUGGGGCGCAGCUCCAAUCUCGAGACGCUGUCAUACAUGUCCGCCAACGAUAUUCGAUACAUUGUCUUUGUGAUUGCUUGUAAUAAAACCGGCUAUAAAGCCCUGCUGCCUUCGACAAGAAAUUCGGAUGAUGCCUUCCUUCACCUGCUCAAGGCCACAGAAUGCAACAAGUUUAUCUGCGGCCCAGAAAGGAAAGCAAGAGUUCUCGAUGUCAAAAAACUCAGACCCGAUCUCGAGGUAAUCGAGAUUCCUUCUCUGGCAGAAAUGCUCGCAAGUGAAACACAACAUUACCCGUACGAUAGGACCUAUGAAGAGGCGGAGGACGAACCCUGCUUGAUUAUUCACAGUUCAGGGACAACAGGAAUCCCAAAGCCUGUUCCCCUUACGCAUGGAUUCGUAGCCUGUCUUGACAGGAUGGCCUUUAUACCUCACCCUCCCAAUCGCCAGUCGACUAUAUGGUACGAUCUCACCAGUGAUGAUCUCCUAUUAAGCACCACCCCAUUUUUCCACUUGAUGGGCUUCAUCCCCCUCGUGGAGGCGAUAUUCCACGGCCAACCCUUCGUUACCGGCCCGGAUAAGCCACUGGCAGUGGAUUUCUUGGUUGAUAUUAUGGAAGAGGCACGCCCCACGGCGGCGCUCUUGCCACCAUCCCUUCUGGAAGAAAUGAGCCACUCCGAUCGUGCUGUUGAGGCUAUGUCUCAUUUGAAGUAUGUAGUCUUUGGCGGAGCACCCCUUUCCCCGGAGGUGGGCGAGAAGCUGCGCAAAUACACCGGUAUCCGGACGGUCAUUGGCACUAGCGAGAUUGGUAUUAUCCCAUCUAUGCUUCCACUUGACAAAGAAGACUGGGGAUAUUUUGACUUCAACCCCAACUGGAAACUCGAUAUGCAACCUGUUGGUGACGGCAGCUAUGAACUUGUCAUCCCGCGACCACCGACCCGCGACUAUCACGGCAUUUUCCACACCUUUCCGGAUAUCAAUGAAUACCGAACAAAGGAUUCUUUUGUUCAGCAUCCUAAAAAGCCAAAUCUUUGGAAAUAUAACGGGCGCCUUGAUGAUAUUAUAGUGCUCAGUAAUGGUGAGAAGUUCAAUCCGGUCACCAUGGAAAAGACUAUCGAGGCGCACCCCUUGGUAUCUAGGGCCUUGGUCGUCGGCCAGGCUAGAUUCCAAUCUGCGCUUCUGAUUGAACCCAACUGGAACCGAUGGACUGGAGAGAAGCCUGACAGCGAUCUCAUUGAGGAAAUCUGGUCCACUGUCCAGCAGGCCAACCAUAUCACUCUUGCUCACGGGCGAGUUGCAAAGAACAGGAUCGGGCUGGCAUCCAAAGACAAACCCUUCAAAACGACUCCAAAGGGCACUACCCAGCGUCGUCUUGUCAACCAGGACUACGCAAAGGAAAUAGAUGCGAUUUACGAGCAGCCUGACGAGGAGGGCCAGCUACCUGAAGUUUUGGAUUUAGCUGGAGUUACUAGCUACGUCCAUGGUCUCGUGUCAAAGAAGAUGGAAAACCCACAAUUAUCUGAAAAAGAUGAUCUCUACGCCGCGGGCCUUGAUUCCCUUCAGACAAUGCAAAUCGCCCAGAUCCUCCAAAGUGCAGUCCGCUCUCGGUUUCCCGAGAAGAACUUCCGCGCCAUCACUGCCCAGCAAGUAUACGGGCAUCCCACCGUUGAACAGCUGGCUCAAUACUUGAACCGCAUAAUCAGCGGCGAGACUGAAGAAGAACAAGGGUCUCGGGCUGAGAAGAUCAGUGCUCUUUUGAAGAAGUAUACCGCGGACCUCCCGGAGCAAAAGCUGGAUGUGAGCAACGUUGGCACGACGCACACUGUUAUCCUGACUGGAUCAACUGGAUCACUUGGCAACUACCUCCUCAAUGCACUCCUAAACGACCCACAGGUGGCUAUGGUUUACUGCCUGAAUCGGUCUGACGCUAAGGAAAGACAGGAGAAGAGUUUCCAGGAGAAGGGAUUGAAGUUUGAUGAAGAGGCGCGGUCUAAGGUCCAGUUCCUGCAAGUAGCAUUCGGCGAAGAGAGGUUUGGCCUCGAAGAAAGCAAAUACGAAGAACUGCUGCAGUCCGUCGAUACGAUCAUCCAUAACGCGUGGAAGGUUGACUUCAAUCACUCAGUUUACUCAUUCGAAGACGUGCAUAUCAGAGGCGUCCGCCGCUUUGUGGACUUCAGCUUGAAGAGCACUCACCACGCCCACAUCCACUUCGUCUCCUCCGUAGGAGCCAUCGCUGGUUGGAAACCCAAGCAUGGCCCAGCCGUGCCAGAGGAGCCUCUGGAAAAUGUCGAGGUCGUCCUGCCGCAGGGCUAUGGUGAAUCUAAGCAUAUCUCGGAGCGCAUUUGUUAUGAGGCUUCCCGUCGAUCAGCCAUCCCGACUACCAUUCUUCGGGUCGGCCAGGUCGGAGGACCAACUACUGAGAAGGGCGCAUGGAACCGACAGGAGUGGCUCCCUACUAUUGUCGCAACCUCAAAAUCGAUGGGCAAGGUCCCUAGUACGCUCGGCUCUGCACCUGUUGACUGGAUCCCUGUUGAUACUCUCGCUAAGAUCAUUCUUGAACUUGCGGACACUCGUCGCAAGACUCAGUCUGAUUCCCGCUGUGAGGUGUUCCAUCUAGUCAACCCGGCUACAACCACCUGGGCAGCUCUCAUCCCCGCCGUCCAGAAGCACUACCCCGUCAAGCCCGUCGAAUUUUCAGACUGGAUCCAGGAGCUCGAAUCGAUCGAGAACCCGUCCGAUGAGGACAUUGCCGCCAAGCCUGCCUUGAAGCUGCUGGACUUCUAUCACGGUCUCAGCGGUGAUGGUGCUCUAUCCGCUCCACUUGAAGUGGGCAGAACUAAGGAAGCCAGUGCCACAAUGAGGUCGCUGGGUCCUGUGGACGAGAAGCUGAUGGACACUUGGCUCAAGCAAUGGGCAUUCUAGAAGAUAUUAUGCCGGGAUUCCAUGACAAUGUCAUGACCGGAGAUGAUAUGAAGCUUGGCGUUCGAUCUGUUUUACUUACCCUUAGCGGUCAAGGAAGCAUGUAAGAAUUGUGACUGAGGUUCCAGGCCUAUGUUGGAGCUUUGCUUUUUAUAUACUCAAAGUUGCUUUUUUAGCCGCAAGCGUCAUAGAGAAUUUCAAUUAUUGGUAUAUUUAUCAAUUUGACCGAUACACAGCAACAAGCACAUCUGUAGAUAGUU